CCUCGGCCGCCCUGCGCGCUCGCCGCGCCCUGCGCGGGCGCGCCGCGCCCGCGGAGGGGGCCGGAGAGCCGGCCGGGGCGCGGUCUCCUCCGCCGGGAGGGGCCGCACCCGUCGGGUGCCGUGCGCCCGGCGCCUCCCUGGAGGGCGUCGUCGUCGUCGUCGGCGGCGUCGUCGUCACCGUCCUCGGCGGCCUCCUCGGCGUGCGUCGGCGUCGGCGUCGACGGCGUCGUCGUCGCCCUCGUCCUCGGCGUCGCUGUCGCCGUCGUCGCCGCCGUCGCCGUCCUCGGCCUCGUCCUCGGCGUCGUGGUCGCCGCCCUCGUCGUCGGAGCGUCGUCUCCACGAGGGCUCCCGCCCUCCUCGCCGUGGCCCUCCCGCGCGCAUCACCCUCCCCGUGCGUCGGCACCCCCGCCUGCGGCUGCACUGGGCGGGCGGCGCUCGUUUUUCGGCAGGCGGGCGCGCCGAGGUUGCAUGCUCAACGGCACACCUCGAGUGCGGUCUCUUCUGCCGCUGCGUCUGUGCAUGCGCUGAUGCUAGGGCCGUCACGCUUUUUCAUCACCCUGUGGCUGACAGCCAGCCUCUGGUGCGGGUUGUAGUAGAAGUCUAGCGGACACGCGCGGCGGUGCCCGUGUCUAGAAA